AGGAAACCUGCGUCUUUACAACCCUCGUCAUUCAUGGGGCAAAGGUGGGAGAAACGAGUUGCACCCAUGAGCGAUGAUUGCCACCGAGGUGUCAGGACUCAAAUCUGAGGACACGCCGGGGAGUUGCUGUUGCCCUUGCGCCGCGGAUCGGGGAGGAACGAGCCGCGCGUAAAGUUCCCUGGUUUUUACGCACGCUGCCUGGAAUGCUGUCGCUGUGACCGAGCGGGGGGUUGGGAGCCCUGUCGAGCACAGCCACAAACAAAACACACACUUACACUUACACACACACACACACACACACACACACAGGCACACAGCAGCGCCGGAGCGACUGCACCUUCCGGACCCGUUUUCGACUCUCCACCGGGCGGCCACCGGAGGAUGUUUGAGCCAGGAUGCUGCGCUUCCCCGUGAAGAAGAUCCGGAAGCAGUUCAAGCUCCUGCUGCUGCUGGUUCUGCUCACCUCGGCCGUGUGGUUCACCUACCUGCACAUCAACCAGGGCAAGACCAUCAAACUCCACUUCAACUACGGAAAAGAUGGAGAGAGACAGACGGAGGGGACGGACGCCAGCCGCAAGAGGGACACUCGCUCCUCAGCUGGCCACCACAAGAGUGAGGACACCAGCGACAGCAGGGAGGACGAGGCGGCAGACGAUGAGCCAAUCACAGGAGGGUCUGAUGGAAGAGGCCACACCCGCAUCCGGAAGUUCCUCAGCCAGAGGCACAAGAAAUUGCCAUGGAAACCAGAGUUUAAGGGCCAGGCUAACCUGCACGUGUUCGAGGACUGGUGUGGAUCCUCCAUAGCUCAACUCCGAAAGAACCUGCACUUCCCUCUCUACCCUCAUACCCGAACCACGGUGAAGAAGCUGGCAGUGGCUCCGAAGUGGAAGAACUAUGGCCUGAGAAUAUUUGGCUUCCUUCACCCUUACAGAGACGGUGAUUUCCAGUUCUCGGUAUCGUCGGAUGAUAAUUCGGAGCUCUGGCUGAGUCCUGAUGAGAGCCCUCUCAAUGCCAGACUGCUGGUCUAUGUCGGGCAGCUGGGAACAGAGUGGACCGCUCCAGGCGAGUUCAGCAAGUUCAGGUCCCAGUCCUCCAAGUCUGUGCACCUGAUUUCAUCCAGACGAUACUACUUUGAGAUUCUCCACAAGCAGGAUGACAAGGGCUCGGAUCACGUGGAGGUUGGGUGGCGUCCAUUCCUCCCUGGUCUGAAGUAUGAAGUGAUAGACUCGGCCUACAUUUCCCUGUACACAGAUGAGUCGAUUCUGAAGAUGAACAGCGUGGACCACAUCCCCCAGACCUUGGCCAGUCACAUCCGUCUCCCAGAGGAAUCUCAGCCCCGGGGUCUGGAGGAAGGCAGAGUCACGCAGCACGGGGCAGAUAUGCUGAAGCCGGACCCUAGGGACACCUUCUACAGCAUUCCUAUGAUCAACCCCUUCCGCCUGGAAAACGUUCUGCCGGCCUGCCUCUACUCCCCAACCUACGUCGUCAAAGAUUUCCCCAUCGCCAGAUACCAGGGCCUGCAGUUUGUUUAUCUGUCCUUCGUUUACCCCAAUGACUUCACACGUCUCACGCACAUGGAGCGAGAGAACAAGUGUUUCUACAGGGAGUCUCCUAUCUACUUAGAGAAGUUUGGUUUCUACAAAUAUAUGAAGAUGGAUGAGGAGGAUGACGACAGACCGUUCUUCUUCCCCAACCCAGAUGAUUUCCUGGAGGAAGAGGAGGUGGUAGAAGUCGAGGACGAGGCAGAGAUCGUCGGCACACAGUCGCCCAAGAAGCCGUCUCAUCCCAGCCAGACCAGCCACACCUCCAACCCCUCCCAUCAGCACUCGAAGCUCGGGCCCACACCAGCGAGCAGAGAAGUAGAGGAGGAGGAGGAGGUGGACCCCGAUGAAGAGGAGGAGGGAGCUGUCAACACUAUCAUACGCCGCAGAGAGAGGAGACAUUUUCUUCACAGGGACGGACAGAUGGGGAGGGAUCUGGACAAAGACUGGGGACGGGAUCAUACGAGAGAAAACAUUCGACAGGGCUCCAGUAAGAGACUCGACAAGGCCCAACCCAGGGCGCUGGAGCCUGAUAUGGACAGUGUGGUCCAGAGUCGCACCCUGUCCUGGGUCCGAACUGGUCCUGUGGAGCAGGGGCCUGGCAGGAAAGGAGGAGGAACAGGUGGUGGAGUAGCUGGAGGAGAGAAAGGAGUGGAGACUCCGCCUAAACUCAGCAAGUCUUCGCUCCUUUUCCCCCAGAAGUCCUCCCUCUCUGCGCUUGCCAGCCGAGCCAAGCAGAUCAUCAGCAACUCUGCCCACAGCAACAAACCAUAUGACAACAAGCUGCUUGGAAGCAAGAAGGAGGAGAACAAGAUCUACAUCACAAGGCCUCGGCCCGCGAAGGAGAGGGAAAGAGAGAGGGAGAGGGAGCAGCGCCGCGAGAGGAGGGAGGAUCGGACCUAUCACCACCCGAGAGAGGUGUUCCCAGGAGUCUUCUUGUACCAAACUGGGAAGACCACAAGGCUGGUCAACCUGGGCGCUAGAGGCCAGACAGGUAAGAACCUUGUUAGUGCCCCACAGCUAUGGCCCCACCCCCCAACAAAAGAGGGUAAGACCCCUCCUCGCAAUGGAAGCAUCAACAUACAGAUUGAAAGUGUACAGAAGUCCAUCCGGAGGGCAGCUGUGGCAAAUCAUCCAGGAAAAAUCAGGAGAAAAGGGGAGCGUCAGGACUUAAAGACGACAGCCACGGCUCAUCUCCCCAGCAAAGACGACCCACUAAACCCACUAAACCAUCACCAAGAUCCCCCUCCAGUUCCACUGCAGAGGUUAAACUCCACAGAAAACACACUCCCAGGUCAACCGAGGGUCACGUCUUACCUCAGGAUCUCCGAGAUCACCGAGUCCCAGCAGCAGCCAGACCCGGACCCCAACCCGGCAGACCUGGAGCAGGACAUUAACCACUCUAAUCCCGAGCCCGACCCCGAGCCCGAGCCCGAGCCCGAGCCAGAGGAGGGCGAGAUGUCGGACUACAGCUACGAGGAGGUGGAGGCUCGGCCGGGCUGGGCGGAGGAGAGCAUCAACUGGCAGAGGACCUUCUCCGUCAACCCGAUGGACUUUGAGCUUUUGCGCUCUGACUGGAACGACCUGCGCUGCAACGUGUCUGGUAACCUGCAGCUGGCGGAGAGCGAGGUGGUGGACGUGCUGGCCCAGUACAUGGAGAAACUCAACGAACGCAACGGAGGGAUCUACACGCUGCUGCGAAUCAUCAACGUCGAGAAGCGGCGCGACUCGGCGAGGGGGAACCGUUACCUGGUGGAGCUGGAGCUAAUGGAGAGAGGCCGCAGCGUGGUGCGUCUGUCGGAAUACAUUUACCUCCUGCUCCACCGCGGCAGGCAGGGGGAGGAAAGCCUCGAGAACACCGACUCUGCCCCGGCCUCGGCGCCGGCUUCAGCCCCCUCCCCUGCCACGCCCAGCCUCACCACGCCGCCGCCCCUUCCCUCCACCAAGCCCCCCGCCCGGCCCGGGGCGACCCCGUGGAGCACUGCCUUCGCUAAGCCCCUGCUCUGCCAGCCCGUCAUGCUGCAGUGGAGGAGGGACGUCAUGGUGCACUUUGUGGUGCCAGUGAAGAACCAGGCUCGGUGGGUGCAGCAGUUUAUCUCCGACAUGGAGGAUCUUCACCGUCAGACCAAGGACGACAACUUCAGCAUCAUCAUUGUGGACUUUGAGAGUGAAGACAUGGACGUGGAGCAGGCCCUCAGAGAGAGCAGCGUGCCAAGAUACGAGUAUCUUCGGAGGGAGGGCAACUUCGAGCGCUCGGCAGGACUGCAGAUCGGAGUGGACACCAUUGAGGAUAGUCACAGCAUCGUGUUCCUGUGUGAUCUGCACAUCCACUUCCCUCUCAACAUCUUGGAAAGCAUCAGGAAGCACUGUGUGGAGGGGCGGCUCGCUUUUGCUCCCAUUGUCAUGAGGCUCGGCUGCGGCAGUUCGCCACGGGAGCCUGAUGGUUACUGGGAGGUUAAUGGUUUUGGCCUGUUUGGAAUCUACAAGUCCGAUUUUGAUAAGAUUGGAGGGAUGAACACGGAGGAGUUCAAAGACCGCUGGGGCGGAGAGGACUGGGAGCUGCUGGACAGGGUGCUGCAGAACGGUUUGGAGGUAGAGCGACUGCGCUUGAGGAACUUCUUUCACUACUACCACUCCAAACGAGGCAUGUGGAACGCCCAAAACAAGAAAACUCCCAAGGGAUAGCGCUCCCUGCAGGUCGGACGAUCCUACAAAACCUACACUGCAGAUCCACUGUGUGUGAGAGAGGGGCCCACGGUAGCUCGCUCACUGCCUGAACUCUGCCUUUUUUUGAAACCCGGGCUCCUCUCGCCGUCGGCCUCUCUCCCGUGUGCUUUUCUGUACGAGGAAGCCGAGUUCGAGCCCGAACUUUGGAAACGAGCUGUUUAUGCAGACACCUGAGUCAGCACUUUGCCUCACUGACUGAACUACUGUACAGAGAGAUGAGAGUUAUUUUUAAUCUUCCUCUCUCUGCCCUUUUUUGGUGCAAUGUUUUCAGACAGACUGGAAAGCAGCUGUUUUUGUGUGUGAAUGCGCGCGUGUGUGUGUGUGUGUGUGUGUGUGUGUGUGUGUGUGUGUGUGUGUGUGUGUGUGUGUGUGUGUGUUGCCGCUUGUGUGCGCUCAUGAUGACAGGAAGCACCUUUUUUCUAACAAGGAGAUGUGAAGACAACCUAAGAUCUUUCUUUUCUAACACGCUCUCACGCGGGCGCCAAACAGAAUGUGUAUCGACAUGUUAUCCAGAUGGAUUCAGACAUGGUGGCGUAGAUCGAGUAGAGGAACUCUGGCUACGACUGUAUUUCUAAAUACGUCAACUACUACCUGUUGAAUAUCAUUAACCAGUGUGAUCGAGGUGCUGACGUUUUUCCUGGUGUCUGAUUUUAUCAAACAAACAAGGUUUUUUAAUUAGAAAAAAAGCCCCUUUUUUUCCAAACAGAUGCUGACAGAUGUUUCAUCUUUGUGUCUCUGUCUGUCCCUCUCUCUCUCCUCUUCUGUGUCUUUUGUCUUUGAUUCAUUUUCAUUUUCGUGCUUAUCUGUGUCAUUUUAUCUGCUGAAAUAUUUACGUUUAGCCCCGCUGCUGUUGCGUAACAUCAGUUUUACGUACUACAACCAGAUUAAUAGCUACCGGUUAUGACUUGAUUCAUUUGGUUAUUCACUGAUUUUUGUUCUGCUGUUAGUUAUUUAAAAAAAAAGGGGGGGUUUUCAUUUGUAUGAAUGCUGUAACAUUCGUGGUGCUGUUUCCGUUCUAAAACGCUGUGAAUGGAUUUCUCAAAAACUCUACUGACGUGUCCUCCAUUCCCUCCACACCUCUCACCUCAUCGUCAACUGGAACAGGAGGGCAGAGGACACUUUCUGACUUUGGAUUUAAAGUUGUCAGUCUAUGGUUUUAAGCAGUUUCUGUGUGUUGCAUUUCAAAUACUGGAUUUGAGGGGGAUUUAAAACUUUCUCUCAUACAAGAAUAUUAACGAGAAAGGGAAUGCUUAGCUGUUGAAAAACACCAACACUCCUCAUUUAAGCUUGUGGGAGAGCAGCUCAUGUGUUGGACACGAUGUGGCAUGGCUGUUUCUCAAAUGUGUGCCUUUAUCAGGGUUUGGCUGCCGGCCGUGUUUUUUUUUAUUUUUUAAAUGACAUUAGAGGGCAGGGACAGACAGAAAUAUAAUGUUAUUUAUGUCACUGUAAAUUUGAGAUACUCUGUAAAAGAAGGAAAUGUGGUUUUCUUACAUGAAUUACAGAUGUGUCAGUCUUUAUGUUAUAAUAUUAACCUUAGAAGAAAGAAGGAGUGGUCGUUUCAAGUCCUCAUUGGUGAGAUAGACAUAGUUGGUGUUGAUGACUACUUGAGGGAGCAGGAGGUGUGAUGGAGACUCGGUGGCAGCUGCUGUCCAGCAGGACAUCUCCUGCUCCCAUUAGUUUGGCUGAAGGCCGAGCUCCUAAUGCCUCUGUUUAUACAACACGGUACUUACAUUGACGGGGAAUGGCUGGAGGGAUCAAGGUUGGACAAAUACACGGACGAGAGCCAGUGAUCUUUUAUUGACGACGUGAUUGUCAAAAAUGCCCUCCAAGACCCUCUCCUUGCCUCGACAGGAAAUCGGUCUCUACUGUACGUCAUUGACAUGGGAUUAUUUAAAGAACAAAAGAAACACAGUAAAUAUAAGACUAUAUAUAUGAGAAACAAUAAAAAUGAAAAAUAGGAAUAUACAUUCCAAGGUAAUUUCUGUGAAAUUGUUUUGUAGAGAAAGAGGUUUUAAGAAUGUAUUGUACUUUUAUUUUGAUUUGUCGGUUUUUUGCAAAUAAAGUUUUAUGCUUACAUCCA